CCACAGAGAAACCCUGUCUUGAAAAAACCAAAAAAAAAAAAAAAAAAAAAAAAAAAAAGAGAGGACCAGUGGAGGGGCAGCCCAUGGGAAGCAGGACCGUCAGGCUAGGGGAUGCAGGAGAGAACAGGUCCCUAAAGGGGAUGCUAUGAGAAGGUCAUAAGGGAUCUGGUGCCACCUCUGUCUCCUGUCCUCGCUCCUGGCCAUUGGUAGCUAUCAGGCUGAGCUGCAGGAUUGUGCUGGCACAAGAGCAAUUUGAAUUCAUUGCUCCUGUGGCUUAAUCCAAAUUUCACCUUCCCUUGGGUAAGUAAGAUGGGAGGAUUAUGGAGAAUAAAGGUUUUUCUUGGGUUAUGAGCUUGUCUGCUUGUAUAUCCUGCCUCUGACCAGGACAGAUUCUGGGCCGUCUCAUCUGGGUUACCUCCCACUCACAUGGGGCAUCGUCCCUAAUGCCAGCUAGCAACCAUGGCCAGAACACAGUUAGCCAUCAUCCUUGGGAACAGCCCCUAGGCUGAUCACCCUUGGUCUCAGUUCAAAGGAGCCCAAGGCCUGGAGAAGACUGGACGUCUGUAUGGGAAUCUCUGUCUCCCUCCCACUGAGCCCAGGGUCUUCCUUUUGUAAUGUAGCAGACUGGGCUGCAAAGACAGUUCAGUGUUUGCCUAGCAAACAAGGGCCAGAGCUUGAUCCCAACUGCAUGCAAACGAAAAAGGGAUUGCAUCUACCCUGCUCUUUCGAAGCACAUCAAAGGCAGAACUGAAAACACUGCGUUCAGGAAAAUGCUCCUGUCCAAGGUGCCUGCAGCCAUCAGGAUAAGAAGGCAGAACUCCACUGUUGGCGCAGCUCCCAGCCCUGACUUAGUUGCUUGGCAACUGUUCUGCGUCUGUGUGUAAGGAUGUACUAUGGCAGCCAAGAGAGUACUGGUAUAUCGAAAUGGGGACCCCUUCUUCCCAGGCCGCCAGCUGGUGGUGACCCAACGCCGCUACCCCACCAUGGAGGCUUUCCUUUGUGAGGUGACAUCAGUGGUGCAAGCCCCAUUGGCUGUACGCACCCUCUACACACUUUGUGAUGGCCACCCCGUCACUGACCUGGCUGACUUACAGAACGGAGGGCAGUAUGUGGCAGCUGGCUUGGAACAAUUCCACAAGGUUCACUAUUUGCCUCCUGAAAGGAGAUACCCAGGUGGGAAGAGCAGCCAACAAUAUGAGCCACUCUUGUCUCGCCGCUCAUGUGAUGGGGCCUUUGGACAGUUUCUACCAGCAGACAAUCCCUGCUGUAUCCUUGUGUUCAGGAAUGGGGACCUACUAAGUCCCCCCUUUAGUCUGAAGCUGUCCCAGACUGCCAUCCAGGACUGGGAGAUGGUACUGAAGCUGCUGACUGAGAAGGCCAAGUUACAGAGUGGCGCUGUACACAAACUCUGCACCCUCAAAGGGCUCCCACUGCCAGCAGGGACUGCUCUGGUGAGUGGCUCUUGCUAUGUGGCUGUUGGAGAAGAAGAGUUCAAGGCCCUCCCCUAUAUGGAGCUGCUGGUGCCCAGCCCCUCUCUGCCCAUGGGAUGCUGGUAUCCUCCGGGCCGGAAGUGUACGUCCCAGAGGCAGGGGGGUCACAAGGCCCAGGCAGCUCAGCCAGCCCCGCCUUCUCCAAAGGAGCGAAGACAAACUGAGCCAUCCACUUUCUAUGCCAGAUCCCAGCAGUCCAUUCAGCCAGGAAGCAAGCUCUCUCCUCUCUCAGUUCCAUCAGGAGUUAAGGGCGUUUAUGGGGCUUCCUACCCAAGGAAGGAGACAGCUGGGGCUCAGGAAGUGGAGGAUGAUGAGAACACCCGCAUAGAGGAGCCUGUGGAUCGGAGGGCAGCAGAGACGGUGGAAGAGGCCUUGUCCCCAGACACUGGCCUGGAGCUGAAUCCUCAUAUGUAGCCCAAGCUCCACCAUCUUAAGUGCCUGGAACUCCAGACAGAAACUGAGGACAGCCUCUCCAAGCUACCCCAUCCCCAACUUCCAGCAGCCUGUUCCUGAGAAGCCACACCUCAUUGGGCUCACAGUAGGUAUGGCCUCCCUAGCCGGAGUCUCCCUCUUCAUAAACCCAGGAAGUUCUGAGAAGUCAACUUCCUUAUGUGAUUCCCUGCCAGAGAAAGGCACUGCAGGCUGGGCUUAGGAGCAGGCCUGCCACAAUAAAAUAUUUCCUGAGCUUU